UCUUGUGACAAGUAUAUACAGAGUAGGGGAUUUAUAACGGAAGUGACGCAGGAAGAAAGGGAUUUUCCUAUAGCGUUUGGAAUUUUGAUGCACGAAGAAAUCGAGUUGUUGGAAAGACUUUUAAGAGCUAUUUAUCGACCGAGUAACUUCUACUUUGUACACGUUGAUGCCAAAGCUCCCAAAUCUCUACUGAAAGCUGUGUCUGAUAUAACGAAUUGUUUUGAUAAUGUACAUGUAACUUCCCGUGUAGUGAAGGUAACAUGGGGACAAUAUUCUGUGUUUCAAGCAGAUUUAAAUUGUAUGGACGAUGCAUUGAAAUUCGACUGGAAAUACUACAUAAAUCUAGCUGGUUCUGAGUUUCCGUUGAAGACCAAUUUAGAAAUGGUUACUAUAUUGAAAGCAUUUAACGGUGCUAGCUCAAUUACAGGUGGUCCUUUCAGACCGCAAAUGUGGAAGAACCGAAUGUCGAAAGUAGGUAAUAUCACUGGAUUUACGGUUAUGAAAGGCUCGCAGCAUAUUGUUGCUAACCGGAAGUUCAUCGAAUUUCUUAGAACUGCACCAGAGGCUUUGGAGUUUGCUGAACGAUUGAAACCGGCUUUACAUCCACAUGAAACUUUCUACAACUCAAUAUAUUUCAGUAAACAUUUAAAAAUACCUGGCUCUUACAACGGUACCGCAAAAAUGAUAUCAGAAAACGAUGGCAUGGCCCGAUACAAAUUGUGGUCUUCUCACAGAAAGUCUUGUAGUGGUAAAUUCGUACACGCCAUAUGUAUAUUUGGUAUAAAGGAGUUGUCAUUACUUACCAAGGCACCACAUUUGUUUUGUAAUAAGUUUCAUGACGACUUUAUGCCUAUAGUAUUAGACUGUUUAGAA